UCUCUGUUUUGUGAUACUGUUCGAAAUUUUUGAUUGAUUUACUUGCAACGUCAAAAUGAAGAUUUUUUUCAUUCUUUCGGUUGCCAUCUGGUUUAGCCCAGCUAAUGCUAAACCUGAACCCAAUCCGUUUUCGAUUGCUAAAGUAGUUCAUAAAUUAUGUUUGAAAGGAGAUCACGAUGCCAGUACACCUGAGGAAUAUUGUGAUACUUUGAGCCAAGCUAUGACAAAAAAAUUCCACCAAACAUGCUACAAAAUCAAAGAUCACUGCCCCAUGUUCAAAGAUGCCUGCCAUAAAUAUAUAUCCGAGGGACUUUGCAAACGCCUUUUCUUGGAAAAAAAUACAGAUUCGCAAACAGAUAAACCAAAAUCAAAACCUUUGGGUGAAAAACUCAUAAAACGCGUUUGCUUGAAAAGAGCAAAAAAAUUUCUGUCAGAGAAUGAAGAUGACACAUUCGACGCAAAGACAGCUUGCGAAGAAUUGAGUAAACAAGUUGGACAAAUUUGUACUGAUUUUGUAGAAACGCAGGCCUGUCCCCGUUUAGCUAAUAAUUAUCUUGGUAAAAGAGUGUGCAAGUACGGACUUUUACAUUACUUAUGUAAAAUUUAAUCUGUUUUGAAGAUAAUGUUUAAGUAUGUAUAAAAUAAAAC